AUGGAAGGUCGACGGCCAGCCACACUGGGCGUCUCCAUUGUCUUCUUUACCAUCGCCAGUAUUUUCGUCGCACUCCGCUUCAUCUCGAGGAUAUUCGUGGUCAGGAAAAUUGGGUUACACGACUGGUUGAUGUUGGUCGCAUGGAUUAUCGAUUUCGGAUUUUCGUUCUCGCUAUUCUUCUCCGUGCAAAAGGGUCUCGGUCUACAUUCGAGUGAAAUUCAACCUCAGGAUGAGCUUGCUUUUAACAAGGCUAGUUAUGCGUUUACCGUGCUCUACAAUCCGGCAUUGAUGGCCGUCAAGACCUCAAUCCUGGUCUUUUACCUGACAUUGACCCGAAACCAGAAAGUCUUUCGCUUCGCAAAUUAUGUCACUCUCUUCGUCGUGAAUGCCGCAGGCCUUGCUUUAACAUUGGUCAAUGUGUUCCAAUGCAAUCCCAUCGGCGCAGUGUUUCUCUCCGAUGUCCCGGCCAACGCGCGUUGUACUGAUAUUGUCACGCUUUACCUGUCAUCGUCUCCGGUGAAUAUCAUCACCGAUCUCGCGAUCCUAUUUCUCCCGAUGCCGCUCCUGACGGAAAUGCGCCUACCUUUCAAACAAAAGAUCAUUUUGGUGAUCACAUUCUCCUUUGGUUUCUUUGUGGCCGUUGUCGAUGUGAUCCGAAUUGCAUUCCUCCAACAAGCUGCCAUCUCUCGCUCGUUGGAAGUCAAGUCGAUCCAUAUCCAGAAUAUUGGCGGUGUGGACUUUAGCUGGUAUGCAUCGCUUUCUUUCAUGUGGUCUGUAGUCGAAGUCAACGUUUCAAUUAUUUGUGGCUGUGUACCGAGUCUCAAGCCACUCGUUACUCGCCUCGUCCCGAAGCUGAUCAGGGACACCAAUGAUACGACAACCUCUUCGCCGCACGGGGGGUAUGCAUAUCCAACGGGGGAUACCCCUGUUCCAGCAACUCAUGCGGCUGCAGCAUCGGGGUCUCAAUCUGCGCUACCAGGUGCCGAAGGCGACAAAAGCUUGCAAAACCACGUUGGCAGUGUCUCUGCUGGGCGACACAGCUCUCGUGAGUCGGAACCGAUAGACUUGUUGGAAUUCCUAGGUCAUCCUGCAACGGCGCCUCUCGACGCGGAGACGGCCACACACACAAGCACGAGCUACCCCCCAGACAUUACGUUCUUCGACUUCGUCAAUAUGAGGAAUCCUGAAAGUAUGCUCAAGCUGAAUAACAGGGAGUCAAUUGCCCCAAUCGCCUUGACUACUUUGCUGUUUUUCCUGUGGGGGUUCGCGUACGGCUUACUCGAUAUUCUAAACUCUCAGUUCCAGACCAUCGUCCACCUUGGUCCAUGGCACUCAUUGGGGCUCCACGGCGCCUAUUUUGGUGGAUACGUUCUGGGCCCUCUGUGUGUUGGAGGUCCAGUUUUGAAAAUUUGGGGUUUCAAGGCUACUUUCAUGACAGGUCUCUGCAUUUAUGCUUGCGGGACCUUGAUAUUCUGGCCUUCGGCCGUCCUCACGUCGACACCCGCAUUCAUCUUAUCCAACUUCAUUGUCGGCUUUGGUCUAGCCGUUUUGGAGACGGCAGCAAAUCCGUUCAUCGCCCUGUGUGGACCACUCGAAAAUUCCGAGAUCAGGUUGAACAUCUCGCAGGGUGUACAGGCAGUUGGAAGUGUCUUGUCGCCCUUGCUAGCCAAAAGGGUUCUUUUCAAGAGCGUCCAAGAUGUCGCGUCUCUGGUCGACGUUCAGUGGGCAUAUCUUGGCAUUGCCCUUUUUGAUGUCCUCCUAGCAGUCGCGUUUUACUACCUUCCAGUCCCCGAAGCCUCAGAUGAAGAUCUUGAAGAGUUGGCAAAUCGCCGCCGUGAGGACAACAUGACCAAAGUUAUUGGUGUUCCAGUUGUGUGGUUAACGCUUGGUCUGGGAGUUUGGUCCCAGUUCUUCUAUUGCGCUGGCCAAGAAGUUCUUGCUACCGGCCUUAACCGCUUCGUCCUCUCUGCUCACUCAAGCACAUCUCUCCGACCGUUCGACAUUGUUACAAUCGGGCACAGCGUGUUUGCUGUGGGUCGCUUCCUCGCUGCGUUUGCUCAAUUGUUCCUCAAGCCCCGCUGGAUUUUGAUGGUCAACUAUAUCGGCAUGAUCGUAUGUGGCGUUCUUUGCAUGUACACCAGCGGUUCCGCGGCGAUUGUCAUGGUCAUGCUUCUCUACCUCUUCGAAAGUGGCACUUUCAGUAUCAUCUUCGCCAUCUCCUUGCGCGGUACAGCGCAACAUACCAAAAAUGCCGCCAUCCUCUUAACAGUGGCUAUUAGCGGUGGUACAUACUUCCCAUUCGCCGAGUACGCCGCAUAUCUGGCACACGGCGAAUCCUACUCCUUCUGCGUUCUCGUCGCUCUCUUUGCCGCCGGCGCCAUCUUCCCUAUCUACCUCAACUUCGUCCCCGCUGUCAAGAAGCAAGUCGACCCCGUUCCCAACGAGUAUCUCCGCCGUCACCGCAGAAGAACUCGCACACGCAUCGAGACCGUACAACGCGAUAAAGAGAAUCCCUCUCUGGGUGGUGUUCUCUCCCGUCCGCGCAGCUUGGUCUCUAACCCGGAUCACCUACCUGAUCUUCCUCUCCCGGAGGAAAUUCACCGCUCUUCUCUAGCGCAUGACCCUCCGCUCAGGCUUUCGAGCUCGAGCUCCAGUCGAAACUCGAUGUAUUCGAGAAACUCGGCUACAAAGCAGCGUUUCUCGAAUAGGAAUAAUGAUUCAUGA